GAAACUCGGCGACGACUGGUCCAGCAGAACCAGGGACGGGGAGAAGGAUCAGGCUAGCUCUUCAUUGGUCCCUUCCCUUCAGCGCGGAGGGACCAAUGAAUCCGCCCCUUUCUCCAAGUUCCGUUAGCUCGCGGCCUUGCUCCUCUCCGGGACUGUCGCCCCCAUUGGCUGCAGGCCAUGCCUUCGCCCCGCCCCCCGGUUCUUCCAGCGCGCCAAUUGGCGGCUGCGGGGAACGUGCCAGGGCGAGCGCGCCGUUCCCGCGGAGAAAGCGCGACGCGGGAGGCCGGCGGCCAGCCGGCUGUAUGGCGCGUUGCGAGAGGCUGCGCGGAGCGGCCCUGCGCGACGUGCUGGGCCGGGCGCAGGGGGUCCUGUUCGACUGUGACGGGGUGCUGUGGAACGGCGAGCGCGCCGUGCCGGGCGCCCCGGAGCUGCUGGAGCGGCUGGCGCGGGCCGGCAAGGCGGCUCUGUUUGUGAGCAACAACAGCCGGCGCGCGCGGCCCGAGUUGGCCCUGCGCUUCGCGCGCCUCGGCUUCGGGGGGCUGCGCGCCGAGCAGCUCUUCAGCUCCGCGCUGUGCGCCGCGCGCCUGCUGCGCCAGCGCCUGCCCGGGCCUCCAGACGCGCCGGGCGCCGUGUUCGUGCUGGGCGGCGAGGGGCUGCGCGCCGAGCUGCGCGCCGCGGGGCUGCGCCUGGCUGGGGACCCGGGCGACGACCCGAGCGCGGGGGACGGCGCGGCCCCGCGCGUGCGCGCGGUGCUCGUGGGCUACGACGAGCACUUCUCCUUCGCCAAGCUGAGGGAGGCGUGCGCGCACCUGCGCGACCCCGAGUGCCUGCUCGUGGCCACCGACCGUGACCCAUGGCACCCGCUGAGCGACGGCAGCCGGACCCCUGGCACUGGGAGCCUGGCCGCUGCGGUGGAGACGGCCUCGGGACGCCAGGCCCUGGUGGUGGGCAAGCCCAGCCCCUACAUGUUCGAGUGCAUCACGGAGAACUUCAGCAUCGACCCCGCACGCACGCUUAUGGUGGGUGACCGCCUGGAGACCGACAUCCUUUUUGGUCAUCGCUGCGGCAUGACCACUGUGCUCACACUCACAGGAGUCUCCCGCCUAGAAGAGGCCCAGGCCUACCUAGCGGCCGGCCAGCAUGACCUCGUGCCCCAUUACUAUGUGGAGAGCAUUGCAGACUUGACAGAGGGGUUGGAGGACUGAGCCCACUGCCCCUGCAGCCACAGGCCCACCCCUCCCCACUCCCUGAUCCUGUAGGCGGAGGCAAUGGGUCACGAGCUGUGUUACGCACAACCGGCUCCUUGGCCCAGUUCUGCACCGGGGUGGGGCUGGGACCCGGGGAAGGUUUGAGGGCCCUUGCAACCCCCUCCCAGCAGUGGCUGGGCACUCUUUGCUGCCCCAGAAGCUGGUCCCCUAUGGAUUCAUCUUGGCCCGACCCAGCUAGGUGGCCUUAUUUCUUGCCCUGUCACCUUCCCUCCUUGAAAUCUGGGCCCUGGUGCCCGCUGAAGAUUUCCUCUAUCCCUGAGCAUUUAGUCUUCUCCCCCUUCCCUGGGGCUUCUAGAGCUCUCUCUGCCCCUCAGGUCCUGGCCCUUGGGUCCUUGUCAACCAGAGGUCUAGGGAACCACAACCCUUAUUGUCCUGAGUGGACCAAUCCAAAGGCUAAGUGAUAGUGACUCCUCAAUGUUGGGUCCUGUGGGGUACCAGUUUAGGUUUCUACGUAACUGACCCUUUCAUGUCCUAGAGCCCAAGUGGACCAAUCGGAAGCCUAAGUGACGAUGACCCUCGUGUGUCCUAGGUCCCUGGGGGGACCCGUCCCGACCCCAAGUGAUAGUGGCCCAGUGGUCUUUUAGAUCCUCAGUAGAACAGUCCGGAAGCCUGAGAGACAGUGGCCUCUUGAUAAUCUGGGUCUCAUGGGACCAGCCAGGGGUCCAGGUUUCAGUCAGUAAAUAAGAGUGGUCCACGUCCUAAAGACACCCCUCCUCUACAAAGACUUGUGAUGCUCUGGGGCUUCUGUGGCCAAGCCCCACCCUUUCCUGGUCAUGGUACCCGUACAGUGUUGAUGGCCACAGCUCGAAGGCGGGCUUUCGUGUCCUCCUGUGUGGUCAGUGUUUUCAGUACCACCUCUCUUCCGUGCCCACUCUCGGCUAUUUACUUAUUUAUUUAUUGUGUGCCAGUGAUGGUGGGUGGGGGCUGGGCCUUCCCCGCCACCUCCACCCCUGUUGUGACCUGUCCUUCCGUACUUAAUAAAGUGCGCGUGGGAGUGUU